AUGACUCCAUCACCCACUUCCUCGUCAACUGGACAUUCGCCACCAGAGCAAGCAACGCAGACUAAUUCAAACUCUUACAGAGUUGUGAGAAAGCGCAACCGUGUACCUUUGUCGUGCGCUCCUUGUCGUAAUAGAAAACUAAAAUGCAACCGUUCUCACCCGUGUGAGAACUGUAUUCGUCGGGCGGAUCCGAAUUCAUGUACUUAUGCAAUGACCCCUCAUAAUACUCGUGCCAGAAAACAGUCAUCCGGUUCAAAUACAUCAUCAGACGAGAUGCAAUCACGUAUCGACCGCUUGGAGGGACUUGUCCUAAGUUUGAUGGGCUCGAAUGGAAGUUCCGAUUCAUCACCACGAAACCGCCAAAGAUCUGAUAGCACAGAAGAUGAGCUGAGGAGCAGGCAAUACAUUGAUGACGAAGAAGAGGAUAUGGGAAUCGAAAGCAAGCAUGAAGGUAGCAAAACCCAGGAUGGUGGUGGGAUCGAGGAAGAAGUCGAGGAAGUGCGGAGCGCUCUAGGGAUCAUGAAGGUUGAACAAGGGAAGAGCUAUUACAGGGGAGAAACCCAUUGGGCGGCGAUCUUAUCGGAGAUUUCGGAGGUCAAAAAUUUCUUCAAUGAGAUGAAACAAACAUAUGAAGGUAGAUUGGCCGAUCUCCGGGCCAAGAAUACGUGUUCGCGAUUGGAGCGAACCGGUUUCCCUUUUUCAGCUGGUAGGCCUCCAGGCAAAGAAGAAUUGCUGGCGCUGGUGCCACGACAAGAUCUGGUCGACCUUUUGGUGGACACUUUCUUCAGAAAUUAUGACCCUAUAUUUCAUGUGCUUCAUCGACCUACCUUUUAUAAGCAAUAUGAGGACUUUUGGCGGGAUCCAUCACAGGUUGAUAUGAUCUGGUUGGGACUUCUAAUGUCGAUAAUGUGUCUCUCUUUGCGAAUCUACAAUCGAUCCGGGGAAGAACCACAGGAGCUUGUUGGAAAAACCAUCGAAAUGUCGCACGCAUUUAAGGCAGCCACCGAACAGUGUCUGAUCGUGGGGGAUUACUCAAAAAAGUUGUACAUCCAUACUAUUCAAACCCUAAUCCUGCUAGUGACCCAAAAUAUGUACUCGAAGGAUCGAGUGGAGGAUACUUGGCUAUUACUUGGUUCACUUGUCAGGCUUGCCUUGUGCAUGGGCCUCCACAGAGAUCCUAAGAAUUUCCCGCAGAUUUCUCCUGGCGAGGGCGAGAUAAGAAAAAGGCUAUGGACCAUAAUAUGCUGUAUGGAUAUCUUGGAGUCGAUCAAGAUUGGGUUGCCUUCUAUGAUUCGGAUGGAUGAAUGCGAUACUGGUCUACCACUGAAUCUGCACGACGACGAGAUUAUCGAAACGUCCACUACUAUCCCUCAAGAGCGAGGUCGUGAGGAGCUGACGGGGGUUUCGUAUAUGAUCGCCAAAGCAUCUUUAUCAAGAGUAUACGCAAAAAUCGUCGCGCAAGCAAGCUCGCUGGUACCUCGACCGGCCUAUGACCAAAUCCUAAAGGCAGACACAGAGCUCCGUGAGCUUUAUUCAACGUUAUAA